UCGGGUGUAAAGUCUACUUACUGUCACAGUUGUGUCUUUUGGAAAAAUAAAAAAGACAGCGAUCCUGAAGCUUACGAAGAAUGGCUCUCACUACACGAAGAUGAUUGUGACAUAAAUCAUAAAGGAUCAGCUUCAAAAAUGGAAGUCGACAGUGUGAAAGACAUGUUUGGUCGCUCGAUUAGUGAAUACGGUGUGAAAUAUUCGCGAUAUAUUGGUGAUGGUGAUAGUGCCACAUAUAAAGGAUUAUUAGAUUUGAAUCCAUAUGCUAUUCUGAUAGAAAAACUAGAGUGCUAUCUACAUGUUAAAAAAAGAAUGGGAUCACGAUGCCGUAGUUUGAAGAAAGCCAAUAAGAGCUUAGGAGGAAAAAGUAAAACCACGCUAAAAUUAACUGUCAACUUAAUUAAUAAACUUCAAAAGUAUUACGGCCUAGCGAUCAUGCGACAUCAAGAUAAUGUAGAUGAAAUGCAUAAAGCAAUCUGGGCUACAUUUCAUCAUUUGAGUUCGAGUGAUAAGAAUCCAAACCAUGCGAGCUGUCCAGAAGGCGCAGAGAGUUGGUGCGCUUAUCGCCGCGCGGAAGCUGAAGGAUUGAACUUCAAGCACGAUUAUCUCCCACUUGAUCCGAAAGUUCAAGAAGUUCUGAUACCAAUAUACAAGGACUUGUCUCGGCGUGAAUUGCUUGAUAGAUGUAAGGGUAAUAAUACCCAGAAUAAUAACGAAAGCUACAAUGGUUUACUUUGGCACUUUGCUCCGAAACACCUCCACAGUGGUCUCAAAACUAUUGAAUUGUCGAAUUACUUUGCUACAUCAAUAUUCAAUGACGGUUAUUCAUCAAUUUUAAAAAUAUUUAACGUGAUGGGAGUGAUAAUUGGACCUGCAGCAAGGGAUUUUGCCGCUAGCAAAGAUGAAACAAGAUUACGAGUAGCAGAGCAUCGCCAACAGGCUGCCACGAAAGAAGGUCGAUCAUUUCGAAGAAGUGCUUCAACAGCCCAGCAGGCACAUUAUGAAGAAGAUGAAGGUGAAUUAUAUGGGCCUGGAAUAGCUGAUUAGCUCCACGGUGAAAGCUGCAAUCACUGCAGCAGUGGAGAACCUGGUGACUUGGGAGAUAGCGAAUAACUCGCUGAAAAUUAAUUUUUUUCAUUUGAAAAUUUAUGUGUAUACUUACUACCUAUGUAUAAAUAUAUCCUCAAAAUUUUAAAACAUUUCAGCCAGUAAUUUUCUUUAAGAAAAUUAAAGAAAAACACCUUUUUUUAAGGCGGUCA